AUGGGCGCGGGCUACCUUAAGAGACGCCGCGAACGCACGCGAAGUCUCUGCAGCCGCUGCCUCCCUGAGAAACCAAACGAAACACAGCGUCCACGUGAAGACGUCUUCUCCUCUCUCGGCUCUCAACCCAUGGGGGGAGAGGCCUCCGCCGCCACGCGUGCCCUGAAGCUCAACAUCAAGGUUCUUCGCUUCCUCAAGGCAUUCGCAGAUAUAAGAGGAAGUCUAUCAGCCUCGCCAGCAGCCCUCUGCGCGUUAGAGAACCGCCCCUUCCCCCCCCCUUCCCCCCCCCCCCCCCCCCACCCUAAACCCUAA